UCUGAGCGCGGACACCCCGGGGCAAGAUGGCAGUCGGGCUCCGGACGCUGCCCCGGGUCUGGCAGAGCUCGGGGGUGUUGGGCUGAGGCGGCGAUAGCUUCGGCCCCGACCCGGAGCGCGGGGGCCUCGAGCGGAUAAAGGUCUACGGCCUGCGGGAAAGACCAUCUCCUCGGAAGCCAAAUGCUGCCCUCGGCAUAGCAAGUCCUAUGCAACAUCACUAAUGAUUCCCUGGCAUUUCUGUGUCACAGGCAGGUCCUCAGGGUUGGUGCCGGUUUGCAAACAUGUUCACCGUUUCUCAGACCUCGAGAGCGUGGUUCAUCGACAGAGCCCGGCAGGCCCGGGAGGAGAGGCUGGUGCAGAGAGAGCGGGAGCGGGCAGCCAUCGAGAUCCAGGCCCACGUCCGGAGUUUCCUUUGUCGGAGGCGACUGAAGAGAGAGACCCGGAGAGAGAUCGAUGAGUUUUUUAAAGCAGAUGAUGUGGAGUCCAGUAAAAGAAGCGCACUUUGUGUUUUUAAGAUUGCCAGGAAACUGCUGUUCGUGUUUAGAAUUACAGAGGAUAAUGAGAGAUUUGAGAAGUUGUGUCGCUGCAUCCUGAGCAGCAUGGAUGCUGAGAACGAACCCAAGGUGUGGUAUGUGUCCCUGGCUCUUUCCAAGGAUCUCACCCUCCUGUGGAUUAAACAGAUCAAGCACAUUCUUUGGUAUUGCUGUGAGUUUCUUCAGCAGCUCAAGCCUGAAAUCUUACAGGACUCCAAACUCAUCACGCUGCACCUCACCAUGCUCGUCACCUUCACAGACACUUCAACGUGGAAGAUUCUCCGUGGAAAAGGGGAGAGUCUUCGACCAGCCAUGAACCACAUCUGUGCAAACAUAAUGGGACAUCUCAACCAGCGUGGAUUCUAUCCCGUGCUACAGAUGCUGUUAACCCGUGGCCUGGCAAGACCCCGGCCUUGUCUGUCCAAAGGCACUUUAACAGCGACCUUUUCUCUCGCGCUUCGCCCUGUGAUCGCCGCACAAUUUUCAGACAGUCUGAUUCGGCCCUUCCUCGUCCACAUCAUGUCUGUGCCUGCUCUCGUGACUCACCUCAGCACAGUGACCCCUGAGCGCCUCACCGUUUUAGAAUCUCAUGACAUGCUUCGUAAAUUCAUCACAUUUUUAAGAAACGAAGACCGAUGCCGUGAAGUAUGUGAAAGCUUAGAAGGAUGCCAUACGCUUUGUCUGAUGGGCAACCUUCUGCAGCUGGGCUCCCUCAGCCCCAAAGUGUUAGAGGAGGAGACAGAUGGGUUCGUGAGUUUGCUGACCCAGAUGCUGUGCUACUGUCAGAAGUACGUGUCCCAGAAGAAAUCCAAUCUGACACACUGGCACCCCGUCCUCGGCUGGUUCUCCCAAUCUGUGGACUAUGGCCUUAAUGAGUCCAUGCCCUUGAUCACCAAACAGCUGCAGUUCCUUUGGGGGGUGCCUCUCAUCCGGAUCUUCUUCAGUGACAUCCUGAAUAAGAAGCUACUGGAGAACCAGGAGCCAGUGCAUGCACAGCCAGCCUCCCCCCAGAACGUGCUCCCCGUGAAGAACCUCCUGAAGCGCGCGUUUCAGAAGUCCGCAUCAGUCCGGAAUAUUCUCAGGCCUGUUGGGGGUAAGCGGGUGGACUCUGCGGAGGUCCAGAAGGUCUGCAGCAUCUGUGUCCUCUACCAGACCUCGCUGACGACGCUGACCCAGAUCCGGUUGCAGAUACUCACAGGACUCACUUACCUUGAUGACCUGCUCCCCAAACUGUGGGCGUUUAUCUGUGAGCUGGGGCCCCAUGGAGGGCUAAAGCUCUUCUCGGAGUGCCUCAACAAUGACACCGAAGAGUCCAAGCAGCUCUUGGCCAUGCUGACGCUGUUCUGUGACUGCUCCCGGCACCUCGUCACGAUCCUUGACGACAUCGAAGUUUAUGAAGAACAAAUCUCAUUCAAACUGGAAGAGCUGGUCACCAUCUCCUCUUUCCUGAACUCCUUUGUGUUUAAGAUGAUCUGGGAUGGAAUCGUAGAGAACGCCAAGGGGGACACCUUGGAGCUGUUCCAUUCUGUCCACGGCUGGCUGAUGGUGCUGUACGAGAGGGACUGCCGGCGGCGCUUCGCCCCCGAGGACCACUGGCUGCGGAAGGAUCUCAAACCUAGCGUGCUCUUCCAAGAACUGGACAAGGACAGAAAACGGGCGCAGCUGAUCCUGCAGUACAUCCCUCAUGUCAUUCCCCACAAAAACAGAGUUCUCCUGUUCCGAAACAUGGUUACCAAGGAGAAGGAGAAGCUGGGGCUCGUGGAAACUAGCUCGGCCUCUCCCCACGUCACUCAUAUCACAAUCCGACGGUCCCGCAUGUUGGAGGAUGGCUACGAGCAGCUCCGACAGCUGUCCCAGCACGCCAUGAAGGGGGUCAUCCGCGUGAAGUUCGUCAAUGACCUCGGGGUGGAUGAGGCCGGCAUCGACCAGGACGGUGUUUUCAAGGAGUUCUUGGAGGAAAUCAUCAAGAGGGUGUUCGACCCAGCACUCAAUCUCUUCAAGACGACCAGCGGGGACGAGAGGCUGUACCCUUCACCCACUUCCUACAUUCAUGAGAACUACCUGCAGCUUUUCGAGUUCGUGGGCAAGAUGCUAGGGAAGGCGGUGUAUGAGGGAAUUGUGGUAGACGUGCCCUUCGCGUCCUUCUUCCUGAGCCAGCUGCUUGGGCACCACCACAGCGUCUUCUACAGCUCCGUGGACGAGCUGCCUUCACUGGACUCCGAGUUCUACAAAAACCUCACUUCUAUCAAGCGCUACGAAGGCGACAUCGCUGACCUGGGCCUGACUCUGUCGUACGAUGAGGACGUCAUGGGCCAGCUUGUUUGCCAUGAACUGACUCCCGGAGGGAAGACCACGCCAGUCACGAAUGCAAAUAAGAUUAGCUACAUCCACCUGAUGGCCCAUUUUCGAAUGCACACUCAGAUCAAGAACCAGACAGCCGCCCUCAUUAGCGGGUUCCGUUCCAUUAUCAAGCCUGAGUGGACCCGGAUGUUCUCAACCCCUGAGCUGCAGCGUCUCAUCUCCGGCGACAAUGCUGAGAUUGAUCUGGAAGAUUUAAAGAGGCACACGGUGUACUACGGUGGUUUCCACGGGAGUCACAGGGUCAUCCUCUGGCUCUGGGAUAUUCUGGCCUCUGACUUCACGCCCGACGAGAGAGCCAUGUUUCUGAAGUUUGUGACCAGCUGCUCCAGGCCCCCGCUCCUGGGAUUCGCCUACCUCAAGCCUCCUUUUUCCAUCCGCUGUGUCGAAGUGUCAGACGAUCAGGACACCGGGGACACCCUGGGUAGCGUCCUCCGCGGCUUCUUCACCAUCCGCAAGCGGGAGCCGGGCGGCCGCCUGCCCACAUCCUCCACCUGCUUCAACCUGCUCAAGCUGCCCAACUACAGCCGGAAGAGCGUGCUCCGCGAGAAGCUGCGCUACGCCGUCAGCAUGAACACGGGCUUCGAGCUCUCCUAGCACCCGCGUCCACCCUGGCCGCCUCUCGGGCCCCAGGCCACCGGCUCCAGGGGCCGCAGCGCCUGGGAAUGUGACCCAGCCAGGCGACCUCUCACUUUCUACAGCCAUGAGACGCCCCUGUGGCCUCCACAACUUGGGACGCACGUGACAACUCCAUAGCACUCCCCAGGUGACGCUGAUGGGAAGGGUGUUGAGAAUAAACCUCCAAGCUCCGCCGGCGCUGGUCCUUUUCUCCUGCUUUCCAGAGGCCUGUGAUUGCACAGAGCCUUCUUCUGGUGGUUUGGUUUUUUGGCGAGUCUUUUCUUUCCCUGACUUUGAGCUGCACAUGAACGAGUCCCAGGAACUCCCAGGGUCCAGAAUGGUUUUCAUGACACAGGCCCAGUGUACAAAGCCUGCUACAGGUGAGACACUCUCCUUCCGUUGCUGAAAACUCUCUACUCAGGUAAGGCCUCGCCAAGCCUCUAUGCACUCGACAAAGUCCUGCCCCCCUCGCAUCCACCGUGGCCUCUCUGCAGCCCGCCAGGCCCACCCACCACCCAGGGAGGCAGAGGUGCCUGCUGGGGAGGCCGUGGGGCCCAGGAAAUCCGCGGCGCCACCCCAGCCACAACACCACGCCUUCCACACAGCGGCAGCGCCCCCUGCGCCAGGCCCGUCCACACAUGCUCUGAGCACUCAGCAGGCCUCAGCACCGGGGAGGCCUCCACCAGCUCCACCCCGUCUCGUGCGCUCACCUAGGCAUCUGGCUUUGGGGGGAGAAAAACCCUUGGCCCUUAAGAGCAGUUCUGUUUCCAGACGGCGCUGGCUGUUCCCCAAAGUCUGCUUGAUUCCGAAGGGGGCAGCUGCCUCCCCCCUCUGGUUUGCCCUGCUUGUUGUCUCGGAAACAGCAAAUACUAGCCGACUUACCCAGCCUGCCCCAGCAGUGAUCUUCCUCCAUUGAUGAUAACAUCACAAAAAACUUGCAUCUUGCCGCUCAUCCACCUUCAACGCAGGGGACCAGGAGCCCUUUCACUGACGGAGGCUCAAACGGCUGAGGAAACUCUGAGUUGGGUUUUUAGGGUUGUUUUUUUUUUUUUACUUCAUUUUCUCUUCCACCCAUUAUGCCACCCCAUCCCCCUUGUCAUGAGAACCUCACUAGAUCCAGGGAAUUGAGACAGAGACCAUGUCUGUGGUCUGUGUCGACAGCCAUCCCCCCGCCCACCUCGUCAAGCUCCUCACGCAUCCCUACCACCAAGAUAGAAGCCAGGAGUGCCUGGCCCCUCCUCUGCCCUGCGGAGCCGGCUGAGGGCUGACCGCUCUCUUCCAAGCAGCAGGGCGCCUUCCAGCAUAUUGGUGGCAAAGCGGGCAAGACCUGUGUCCGUGGCCUCCAUCAGAGGGUCGCGGCUGGGUGCCACGUCCUGCUUGGGUCCAAGCCCCUGCGCUUCUGGAGAACAGAGUUUUCCUUUGGUGGAAAGACGGCAAGGAAUCAAAAGACAGACAGGAAUUUAUUCUUAUUAUUUAAGAUCCGUUAGUAACCUCUAGUUCUAUGGAUUUACCACUUUAAAUAGCUCGACUCUCCUGCCGCCGCCCUCCAAGUACGCGUGUGCACUGAGCGGGUUUCUGCGUUUCCGCUGCAGCUGAUCACCUACCUGCACAGAGAUGUGUCAUCUCGGCCUUCAGUGCCUGAGAACCCACCAGGGAGGGGCUGGGGGAGGGUGGCCUCCAGGCACCAACACCAACUUCAUGUGUUCUUUGGAUGAGGAGGGGCAGUUUGUAAUGUCAUUUGAGUUCUCUUCAACAGCUGGAAAUGUUGCACUAAAACCCCGAACCUGUACCCUUAUAGCUGGUGUUCACUGACACCUCGAUGGCUCUUGAUGGCUCUAAAGAGUUGUGGCGUUUAUUUUUGUGUGUGUGUGUGUGGUUUCAUAGAUAACCUAGGGAUUAAAAUGUGAUCAAAGGCUUUAUUAAAUUUGUACUUCAGCACAUGA